CCACGGCGUGCGGGAGAGGGAGAACCGGAGCCCGUUAAGCCGUGGCCGCUCGGUGCUCGUUGUCAGUCCAGAGUCGCGCGCCUCCUCGUACCGAUCCAUAGGACCGUGUCGAGAACACACACCCAUACACGCGCCGCGUAAUAUGCCAGGGUAUAAGCAGCGUGCGACCUCCUCCACGUGAGAUCCUCCCUCCUCCCCGAGCGAGACAGUGGUGCGAUCGAAAGUAAAGUUUAAAGACGAGUGAUCAAGAUUCAAGAGAUAUAUCCACGAUGCCGUGCUCCGCGGUCACCCUCUCCUUGGCUACCAUAACCGGCAUAAUCGCCACAGCGCUCCUGGCCAUCGCCUUCUCCACCGACAACUGGCUCUACACGGAGGUCAAGCGGGCGCAGAUUCAGCAAUUUACAAUAAAACACGCCGAUCAGAAUCAUAUAAUAGAUCAGAUGAACACGAAGUAUUAUUAUUACACGAGAACGCAAGGACUCUUCAGGAUAUGUUAUCCAAAGGAUCGACCACCUACAGUGGAAACUUACCUUAGUCCGGUAGAGACGCACUGCAUGAACAUCGACUACUUCAUCCCUGAUGAGGAAAACCAGACGAGAGGAUUUUCAGAUGACGCGAUGGCUCGACUUCAUAUGGGACGAUCGGUGAUCGCCCUUUUUAUGGUCGGCUUCUUGGCAAUAUUUACGGCCUUUUGGACGGGCGUCGUUGGCUGCUGGAAGAGAUCACCCGGCAACAUAACCGCGACCGCCAUCCUCAUGCUACUAGCCUGUCUAUUAAGCGCCGGAGGAAUGGGACUGUGGCAUGGUGUCGAGUAUUAUGAAAAGGAAAAAAUAGUCGGCGAAGAAUACUACCAGCAAUGGAGCAAUGUCCUCAAGGACAACUCACUAAUCUCGUACGACUGGUCGUACGUGGUGGCUUGGGUCGGCGUCGGUUGGUCGUUGGUCAGCGCUAUACUGUUUAGCGCGGCUGCGAUAUGCUUAAGGGGCGAGAGAAUGCGCGAGGAGGCCAUGAACAUGCAGUAUCUUAUGCCUGUGUACCCGCAAAAACAUCAAUACGCUUACGCAACCGGUUACCCGGCACCAGCCGCAUAUCCUGGACCUUAUUAUCACAGCUCUCAGGGCUACGGUCCCUACAACUAUUGAGUCGAGCGGAGGACCGGCGAUUCAAGAAGCAGAAACACCGAAUCCUCGUCUAUUAGUGAUCCAGGAGAGAUGACAAGGAGUGCCGUCAUACAUUGUCUUCUGCUGCUGCUG